UUUACUCUUUCAGAUUGACAACCAAAAUGACUUUUCAUAUUCCAUCACUGAGGGAACUUAGAAUAGUUUUUGUCGAAAAUGAUUCAGAAUAUAUUAUAUUUGAUGAGUUCAAAGCAUUUCUAAAAAACAAUAAGUGUGGAGAUGAACCAGCAAUUAAAAGUGGCAACAUUUUCAGUUGGUUGAAAGGAAAAGAUCAUAGUGUUAAAAGUGUUGAAGGAAAACCUUCGUUUAAACUGGAGAGCAUAGUGCAAUACUGUAUGUCAUAUCGCGACACAUAUGAAGUGUGUAGACAGGUUACAAAGGAAAUUAAGGGGAUAUUAGUUAAUCAGUCAGAGGAAACCCGCAUAACAUCUACAAAAGAGAUAUACAAACAUAUAGCUAAUGCUGAUUUUUUAUCUAAAGUCAUUUUGUCGGAACUUAAAAUUGAGGAAAAUGACAUUACAACAUUAAAUUCAUUUUACAAAAAUGAGUUUACUGAAGAAAGCUGGAGGAAAAUAUGUUUCUUUGAAAUGCAUUUUAUGAGAGAAGGAGAUUUUAAAAUUGAAAGUGAUACAUAUGAGACAACAAUUAUGAAAAAAACUAAAUUUUUAUCCGAAAUGCAACAGGCACACCAACUUGCCAGGACGAUAAUGGAGCAGUCAAGAAAUGAAAUUUUGGAAAGAACAAAGCGACGGGAACAUGCUGAAAUGGGUGAGCGAAUAUGUAUCAGUGGAAAAAAUACACACAGUCCUUCUAUCAUUGAGUCACAAGUGAUGAAUGCAAUGCCUGACCAGUGCUUUUUGAAUACAAUUGUAUUGUCUGAUUGUACCAGUCACUGUACGCAUAAUAAGUCAUUACAUGUUUAUGCAGACAUUUCAGAAGACAGCCAGGCUUCCAUUCCUGAUAUUAAGACUAUUAUAUCAUCAUAUGUAAAAACAAACCACAUGGAAACGUGUUCAGAAUUUGUGUUCUUUUCUGGAACUAUAAAAAAAAGUAUGAAGACUUUUCAGGGGAAUACAUGCGUUUUAAACUGCGAGAUGAUUUUCUGUCCAGAAGACUAAAUGAAUCUGUUUUGUAUCAUUGGAAAUCUUAUGAUUGUGACACAGAUUCUAUCUUUGAAGAUACUGAUGAAACAUGUCAAUGUUGCUAUGGUACACCUCAAACAAAGCCAUUGUCCACAAAAUCAUUUAAUGUGCUCUGGGAGUGGUAUAUUGAAACUCCUCUUGUUUGCCAAAUUCUGUUUGAAAUAUUCAUCAACCAAAGGUCACUUAAAAGAGCAGAUGAGACCAAACAGUUCUUGAAAAAGAAAUAUACAAGGUUGUACAUGCAAUAUGACAGUUUCUUGAAUAUUUUAAACAAAAGGUAUUGUGGAAUUCUUCAAGACAAAAGCACACAGGAACUGUCGAUGAAAUAGCAUUCCCUGUCAGCAUUAUUUAAUUUGACGUCAGCAGGAGGGCUAACCCAAAGUUUAACAACAGCUGAACAAAAGUUGAAAGACAUGGCAAACAGUGAAAAUACCUAUUUUAACACAUAUUUAAAAAAAUAUGCAUUGACAUAUGAGACAAGCGCUGGUGAAAGCACAGCAAAGGUUUGUUUAAGAGACUGCGUCUUAGUCCUAAUGAUGGACAACCUAGUACGGCUUAAAAAGCAUGCGGAUCCCGAUCCAGGAGAAAGCCGGUCUAUGCAAAUCUGCACAUUGCCAAUCACCAUUAAAGGAAUUCCAAAAGAUGCAUUAGAAUGUGUGAACUGGCAUGAUGCUGAUUGCGAAGCCUGUGUGGAUAUUAUAUGCAAGUGUAAGCAAGACAAAGUGUUAAACAGUUCUGAUGUUGACAACUUGUUAAUACAUUUAACUACAAAACAACAAUCAGGGUUUAAUGACUUCAAGAAGCUAGUGACAUUUGGAUACAGUGACAUCUGGAAAGCAGUGUUGAAAGAAAAAAAUGCAUCUACUUUCCCCCACCAGACAGGAGAGUGACACUUUAGAUAAAUCCUUUGCGUCACUACAGCUGGGUGAUGUAGAAGAGGAUGAAGACUUGCAGGAAUUGUCUCACAUUGGGGUAGAUGUUAUAACAGAAACGGAUGAAAUUGAAAUAGAGCCGGAUGCAAUUGAGGAGCUUGAGAGCAUUCAGCUUGACCGGAGCAUAACUGAUGGUCAGUCUGGAACUGAAUGAAUUCAACGUUGGAUGAUUCCCUGAUUUUCAAAGUACAUAGUGAUGUUGAAGAAGAUAUAGAUGUUGAACAACACCCAAUGGAUUAUUCAAGUACAGUGGCAACAGAAGCCUCUGUUAGUUCGACAAGAAACGCAGAUCAUUAUGAAAACAGAGUGUUGUCUCAUCUUGGCUUUAAAAAGUACAAUCUGCCUCCGCUUUUAUCACGACACCCACCCCCUGUUGUUGGUCGCGAUGAUGAUAUUCAAAAGCUAAAAGAAAUUCUUGACGAUGUAUUGGUAAAAACCGACAACACAAAAGAAACAUCAAAUAAGAUUCUAUUUGCCCCGGACCACAAAAUUGCUGUCAAUUUACUGGAAGAACACAAUCUCAUUUUCCUUUCAAAAAGAAGCAUUCCAAAACCAGUAAUGGAGACUGCAUCACAUGCAACAAUUGAAUUUGCUGGGGUGAAAUUUAAAACAAAUGCAUCGUCUGGUCAACAGUAUUUAAAGUAUAUUGAAAACGGUGUCAUCAAGAAAACGCAACUGCAAUUGCCAAAUGUGCAGGAGUUAGCAAUCUGUGAAGAAAAAUAUCAGUUUACUCCUGAUGAUUUCAAGGCUGCAACAAGAUCACAAAGAGUUUCAAAAAAAGCAUACAGUGUCACCCAUCUUAAAACUUCAGAAGAAAUGCUGUCCUCAGAAACGUUCCACAAAAAUUCAAUUGUCACAACACCACAGGGAAAAAGUCUCAUCAGCACAUACUUGGCUAGAAAUAUACACAAAAUUAAAGUACAGAAACCUAUCACCAUCAGCAUAGACAGCGAAUCACACAUGUCAAAUUGCUCAUGCCCAGAACAUCCUAAAUGCUGCUGUUGCCCGAGAUAUGCCCAUCCAAUAUGUGCCAAGAUGUAUGCAGACAAAGAGCCAGACAUUGACAUCCUUACAUAUAUAAAACAAACUAAAGGGGAGGCCGAAAUGUCCCAAGUUGAUUGGCUGACUGAAUACCAGGAUCGUUUGUUAGAUGGAAACGCCUGUGUUAGCAUCGUCACAUCUGGGGAUAUUGAUGCGGUUGUUAUCCACAUGUUUGCUUUGUCACAUGGUUGGCCCCGUACAUCAGACGGAAAGUUCAAAAAUAGUGUCUUUGUUAUACUUCAGAAGCCAGUCGGUCUCUAUGACACAUACCAUGUGACAGGCAUAUUGACCGCAUUGGAGAAAAAUAGAAUGACAAGAACAUUGGAAUGAAAUUAGCCCUUGUUCUCAGUAUGGCUGGCAAUGACUUCCUUCCAAAGUUGCAUGGAAUUUCACAUACAAAAACAGUUGAGGUCUUCCUGCAAUACCCCCACUUGCGAUCGUCACUGUUUGACUUUGAACACCCCUCUGACUGCACCAUACACGUAAAGCUGAACCCAGACAUAUACAAGGAACUUAUAAUAAAGUACUUGUAUUGCGCAAAGAAGCUAAACGCGGUCGACUUCAGUUUUGAUGAAAUACGUCAAAUGCCAAUAUUGCCAGUUAAUGCAAAGUCAUUGGAAGAUUACAGAAAUCCACAGCUUUGGAUGCCCCCAAUAAGUACAAUCGAAAAAAUGUCCAAGAAUGUCCAGUGUCUCAUAGACUAUUACUUGACCGCUGGGGACCAUUCGAAACAAAUGCCAAAUUUUCUGCUAUGUGGUAGUCUUACUAAAACAGACAAAGGAGAGAUAGAAUUCGAUCUAGGUCCAGAUUCACAUAUCAACCGUAUUGGGGAAUGUGCGGUUACAGAUCCAGGAGAACUGGCGCUCAGGCUGAGGAAGAAAGGAAAACGGAAACCAGAGGAAACACCACAAAAAGGACGAAGGCGCAAACUACGGCCACAGGCACAAUCAACUCCAAGAAAGAAUUAUGAUGAUUGAUGAACCAGUACACAGAUGGAAAAUAUGUUUGAAGUAGAUCAAUGCAAAAUUCAUGUUGAUCUUUAAGUUGAGACAUUUUUGUAUUUAAUAUUUAUCAACCACAGGCGACUACAUCUAAUUAAUUCAUUUAAUUAUAUAAUUUAAGUCCAGUUCAACACUCCACUAGCAAAUAUCAUGCUGGAUACUCAUGUUGAUAAUUCCUGUAAAGUUGAUUGUUAACAAAUUUGUUUUUUAACUUUCUGAUUAGUAACAUAGUUACCCGGUAUGUUUAUUAUGUGAACAAUUGUUAUGUGAAUUACAAAGGUGAAGUUGGUAUUUGGUGUAAAAAUUAAUGUUUAUUCCAUUAAAUUUCCUUGCUAGAAAAGUUUGGGUUACAAUCAUGACAAUACAAAAUAUACAUGUAUAUAGCAGCUUAUCAUUCUAUUAUUAUAAAUUGACAAGAAUUCUAUAAA